AUGGAGACUGGGACCAAACACGUGAUCUUAACAACCAGCCUCGUCAUCAUGCAGAUUUUGUCCAUAUUUGGCAACAUGAUGCUCUUCGUGGUGGUCUACAGAAGGCCUAGUCUUCGCACGCGUACUAAUAUGUUCAUCUUGAACCUCGCAGCCGCUGACCUGGGCGUGGCAAUCACGUGCAUGCCAUUCUCCAUAGUCACGUGUUUAACGCAAACGUGGAUAUUUGGUGAAGCGUUGUGUCAAUUUAACGGAUUUGCGAAUAUCGUUUUUGGGAUGUGCUCGCUCCUGACUUUAACGGCCAUCAGUAUUGAGAAGUACUGCGCUAUAGUGAAACCGCUGCACAGGUGGAUUACGAGACGACGAACUGUUACGAUGCUGGCAGUCACGUGGUUCGAGCCUGUGUUGUUCGCUUCGUUACCGUUGUUUGGCUUUACACGAUUUGUUUACAAGCAAGGAAGCACCCAAUGCAGCGUCCAAGACCCAGUAUCUCUCGGCCAGACUAUACACGCAGCUAUUGUCUUCAUCAUCGCUUAUGUUAUCCCGCUAAGCACCAUGGGAUUUGCUUACGUCAAGAUUUUUAAGGCCGCUGGCCAACACAAUCGUCGUAUCAAGCAAAAUUCCCCUAAUAAGGCGUCUGGUACAUUAUCGAGUCAAGCUCAAAUUGCCUGGACAGUUUUUAUAAUGCUGAUAGUUUUUAUAAUAUGCUGGACGCCAUACUUUGUAUACGUCAUCUAUGUCACAGCCAAUCAUGGUCAAGACUCUAAAUCACGUGAUUUAGCUCUGGCCGCUUAUUGGUGCGUCUUCAUGAAUAGUACUUUGAACCCGUUUAUUUAUGGUAUUCGUAAUCCAAGUUUCAGGGUCGAAUUUAAAAACAUUAUGUUGCUAUUGACAGCAAUCUGUGAUUGGUUUAAACAUGGAAGAACUGGAAGCUCGGUGGCGUCAUUUUCGGUUGCUCAGCCGACCGGAAGUGACGGAUCAUUGGACGUUGCUAAGGAGUUUCCGUUCAAAUCUAAUGGCGCUAUUAAAUUGGUUGGUUACCAUGAUAACAAAUGUUACAUAGAUGGAGACUGUAACCAUGGUGACGAUACGUCAAAUUCUCCUCAAAGUCACAAAAUGUGUGGAGAUGCAAAUACAAAACAAAUCUAUUCAAAUCCGUUCAUAGUGAUAAACGAUAAAUCGUGAAAUAAAUUGAAACGCUUGGUUGCCUUAU